AUGUGGGAAGCUCUAUUGGCAGCAGAGUACCUAAAUAAGUAUGGACUGUUUGUGACAAACCCAGGACACAAUGAACCAGCCAGUAAGAAAAGAAGACGUGACAGUCACAGUGAGAAAGCUUUAGACCUGGAGCUUUGUCAGGCAGCAUGGAGAUUUUCCCGACAUGCCGUCAGCUUUGCCGGAUCAACCCAGAUGUUGGAGAGUGUUUUGCCAUAUCUCAGCCACACUCACAAAGACAUUCGCUGGUAUGCAUUUUUGACAACUGCAGAGGUAAUGGGAAUGUCGCCUGGCCAAAAAGAAGAAUUGAGGACAAAAUUUUUCUCAGUUGAAGAAAAUGAAGAUCUGACAAUUAGACAUAAUGAGGUGGAGGUCAGAGGUGAGUCUGUCGUCAAGGCGAUGGAGGCAUUGUGUGACCUUCAGAGUUUGCCGUCCAGUGAGAAAUACACGAAACACUCUCUUACUGCAGAUGACUUGAGCCCUGGUGUGGUGUCGGUGAAUGGAAUACUUCUGACUAGAUUAUCUCCCCUCAAUCCAGAACACAACCUUGAUGAUGAUAGAGGGCUGGUAAUGACAGCCUCUACUCUGUCCACCCUGAGGAGUCUGGCCUUAGCUGUGGCCUCCUCCCAGCCUGUCCUGCUCCAGGGGCCAGUAGGGUGUGGCAAGACCAGUCUAGUAGAAUAUCUGGCCAGGGUGACCGGCAGAGGGCAGGCUCCACAGUUCAUCAAGUUACAGUUAGGUGACCAGACAGACAGUAAGGCAUUGCUGGGGACAUACAGAUGUACUGACAUCCCUGGGGAGUUCGUGUGGCAGCCCGGGGUCCUCACUCAGGCUGUGACGGGGGGACACUGGCUGCUGCUAGAGGACAUAGACUACGCCCCUAUGGAGGUACUGUCAGUACUGCUACCCCUGCUAGAGACCCACGCUCUGUCCCUGCCUGGCCAUGGAGGCAACCUGCACACAGCCCCAGGCUUCCAGAUAUUUUUCACUCAAAGAUUGCUGCAUGGUGUACUAGGCUGGCACAGUCAGGCAGGCUCUAACUCUGCCUUGCUUGAGAAACUCUGGAGACAGAUCAAUGUGGAAUCUCUGUCCAGGGCAGAACUACAACAGGUGAUAGUGAGGCGUUUUCCUCAACUGUCUACAGUUGUACACAGGCUGUUGGAUAUCUACUUCAUGCUGUCAGCAGGCAAACAUGAUUUGUCCUGUGAUAAUAUGGACACAGAUGUGGACACGGAGACUGUUGGAAAGUUCUUGUCUCAUGAGGGGAGGCUGAUAUCUAUGCGAGACCUGAUGACAUGGUGCAGACGGAUAGCUGGAAGCUUUGAUGUAAAAAGUCCUGAGUCCGCAGCCAUGGUUUUUCAGCACGCCCUGGAUUGCUUCUGUGCCAGCAUUUCACAACCUGAAAAACGAACAGCUGUGGCUGUUGCUAUUGCAACUAAACUUAACAUCAGCAAAGAUAAAGCAGAGUUUUAUUGCACGAAAUACAAACCCAGUGUUGAGAUCAAGCCCUCAAGCUUUACUGUUGGAAGGGUAGAUUUACCAAGGAAAAUUGAAGACCAAAUCUCUCUGAAAAGACCGUCAUCAGGAAGUUUUGCCUUCACGCGUCAGUCUACAGUGUUACUGGAGCGAGUGGCUGUGUGUGUGGCUGAUAGUGAGCCUGUCCUCCUGGUGGGAGAAACAGGAACUGGCAAAACUUCCAGUGUACAGUUCCUGGCUCAGCAACUUGGUCACAAGUUGAAGGUUAUCAACAUGAAUCAGCAGAGUGAUAGCUCAGAUUUACUUGGAGGAUUUAAACCCGUUGACAUUCGCCAUGUUGUCAGACCAUUUAAAGAUGACUUUGAGCUGUUAUUCUGCAAGACGUUCUCUAGGAAACAGAAUGUCAAAUUUCUACAACACAUGCAGGAUUGUUUUAUAAAGAGAAGAUGGACAGACCUGUUUUCUUUAUUGGAACAUACAUUGAAGGCUGCUCUAAAGAAAAGUCAGUCAGAUCCUCAACAAGAAGAAUGGAAGGAUAUGAAGGAAAAAUUGCACAGAUUGCGGCUUCAAGUUACCCAGACAGAGAAGGCUUUAGCCUUUCAGUUUAUAGAGGGCACCCUGGUGAGUGCUCUGCGUCAGGGAGACUGGGUGUUGCUUGAUGAGAUCAACCUUGCUACUGCAGAGACGCUGGAGUGUUUGAGCGGGUUACUGGAGAGUAAGCAGGGGUCUGUGAUGCUCACUGAGCGGGGUGACACUGAGCCAGUUGUUAGACACGAGAACUUCCGACUGUUUGCUUGUAUGAACCCAGCCACUGAUGUCGGCAAAAAAGAUCUGCCAUUGGGUAUUAGAAACAGAUUCACAGAGCUAUAUGUUGAUGAGGUGGUCUCAGUGUCAGACUUGACCAUCCUGACUGCAGAGUACCUUAAGGGGCUUUCUCUGUCCUCAUCUCAGCUGGACGGUGUGGUCAAGUUUUACUUGGCGGUCAGAAGAGAGGCAGACAAGCGCCUGACAGACGGCACAGGACACAGACCACAUUUCAGUUUGCGAACCUUGUGUAGAGCUGUAAGAUAUGCUGCAAAGAAUCCCUGUGUUCAGGUGUCCAGGUCUCUCUAUGAGGGUUUCUGUUUAAGUUUUCUCACCCAGCUCAACCGCUCCUCACACCCACUUGUUGAACAACUUGUGUGUCACUAUGUGCUGGGAAAGGCCAACAUCAAGUCCAUUCUGAAGCAUGAGUUACCAGAGCCUCCUGGUGGCAAGCAUGUGAAUAUUCAGGGCUACUGGCUCCCCCUGGGCAAACUGUCCCCCCAUAUUCCCGAGAAUUACAUUCUUACCCCAUCAGUGCGUGGCAACCUCAAAGAUCUAGCAAGGAUUGUUUCAGCAGGCCAACACCCAGUGUUGCUCCAGGGGGAGACAUCUGUAGGGAAGACCAGUCUUGUCAGCUGGCUAGCUAAGGCCACUGGUCACUUCUGUGUGAGGGUCAACAACCACGAGCACACAGACCUUCAGGAGUAUAUUGGGUCCUAUACAGCUAAUGAACAUGGCAAACUGGUGUUUAAGGAAGGUGUAUUAGUGGAUGCAAUGAGAAAGGGUCACUGGAUAAUACUGGAUGAACUGAACCGCCCUUCAGAUGUCCUUGAAGCCCUUAACAGGCUGUUGGAUGAUAACAGGGAGCUGUUCAUACCAGAGAUCCAGGAGACUGUGCGGGCUCACCCCAAGUUUAUGCUAUUUGCUACCCAGAAUCCACCAGGACACUACGGAGGUCGCAAGAUUUUAUCUCGAGCAUUUCGUAACCGUUUUGUCGAGUUACAUUUUGAUGAGAUUCCCAGUAAGGAGCUGGAAACCAUCCUUCACAAGCGAUGUGACCUGCCGUUAUCGUUUGGUCGUAAACUGGUCGCUGUUAUGUUAGAGCUACAGGUAAGACGUCGUGGAUCAAGUGUGUUUGCUGGCAAGCAAGGAUUCAUGACUUUACGUGACCUGUUUCGUUGGGCCAGCCGUUACCAUAGCAACGAUGAUGUAACCAAAGGCAGAUUUUAUGAUUGGGAUCAGCACAUGGCAGAUCAUGGAUACAUGUUGUUGGCUGGUCGUGUUCGAAAGCCAGAAGAGGGCGCUCUUGUGCAGGAAGUGAUUCAGAAGCACCUAAAACGAACAGUUGACCCUGACAAACUCUUCAGUCUGUCAGACAAGACCUCGCUGACAACAGCGGCCAUGUUGAAAGAUCUAAUUGGUCAGACAGCGGAGGGCUUUGAACACAUUGUGUGGACGUAUAACAUGAGACGAUUGGCUGUACUAGUGGGACAGGCUGUUAGAUACAAAGAGCCUGUCUUACUGGUGGGUGACACAGGGUGUGGCAAGACUACUGUAUGUCAGUUUCUGGCUGCGCUCCAGUCAUCACAGCUCCAUGCGGUCAACUGUCACAUGCAUUCUGAGAGUGCAGACUUCCUGGGGGGUCUUAGACCUGUCAGAUCACCUGAGCGUGAUGACAAAAGACUAUUUGAGUGGGUGGAUGGGCCUCUAGUCCUGGCCAUGACACAAGGUCACAUGUUCCUAAUAGAUGAAAUCUCAUUGGCUGACGACUCUGUACUUGAACGUCUGAACAGCGUGUUAGAGCCAGAGAGAAGUUUGUUACUGGCUGAGAAAGGUGGAGGAGACGGUACAGGAACAGACGUGGAGCAGAUCUCCGCAGCAGAGGGAUUUCAGGUGUUCGCCACCAUGAACCCAGGAGGGGACUAUGGAAGAAAGAGUGGAUUUCUACCUGCCAAACUUAAGCUGUCCCCUGCACUGAGGAACCGGUUCACAGAGCUGUGGUGUCCCCAAGUUAGUGGGAGAGAGGACCUGAUCUCUAUCAUAGAGCACAACCUGCAUAUAGGGCUACAGCUGGGCAAUCAGGAGGACUGUACCACAGGCAUAGGCAGGGCCAUGGUACAGUUUGUCAACUGGUUCACCAGCAAAGACUUCGGCAAAAGGUGUACAGUGAGCAUCCGUGAUUACCUGUCCUGGGUGAAUUUCAUGAAUGAGUGUGGAGAGACACAGGCCGAGAGUGACACCAUGGUAACCAGAGCAGCACGAGGCCACCUGGAAUCAGCUGUGACAUAUAUCCAUGGAGCGUGUUUGGUCUUUCUUGAUGGUUUGGGAUCAGGUGUCACUAACAGAGGUAGCGCGCAAGCUCUUGAGUCAGCCCGACAGAGAUGCCUGGGAUAUCUGAUUGAUCAGGUGAACCUACUGACUGGUCUGGAGUUUGACACAGCAUCACUGGGACUACUGGACAAGUCAACCCUGCCCAACAACAACGCCGUGCAAUCUGAUGAAUUUUCCUUCUCCAUACCACCAUUUUCCAUUCCUAAAGGUGAUGUAUGUUGUGAGGCCGAGAUCCACUUCACCUUGCUAGCGCCAACACCCUGUGUGAAUGGACAGAGGGUACUGAGGGCUUUACAGCUGCCCCGUCCACUCCUCCUGGAAGGCUCCCCUGGAGUGGGGAAAACCAGCCUGGUUACAGCUCUAGCUAUGGCCUCUGGAAGACAGCUUAUCCGCAUCAAUCUUUCCGAACAAACGGAUGUGACAGACUUGUUUGGGGCUGACUUGCCAGUUGAGGGUGCAGAAGGGGGAGUGUUUGCCUGGAGGGAUGGGCCCUUGCUAAGGGCACUGAAGGAAGGUCACUGGGUGGUCUUGGACGAGUUAAACUUGGCAUCCCAGUCUGUACUGGAGGGCCUCAAUGCCUGCCUGGAUCACAGGGCUGAGGUGUACAUCCCGGAGCUUGGGAGAACAUUCCGCAUCCAGCACGAGAAAACAAGGAUAUUUGCCUGUCAGAAUCCGCUGGUUCAGGGUGGAGGCAGGAAGGGUCUCCCUCGUUCUUUUCUGAACAGAUUCACACAGGUGUAUAUAGAACCGCUCAGCAGGACUGACCUUCUCUUCAUCACCUCAACUAUGUAUCCCAUGAUUCCUCACCAUCUUCUCUCUCAAAUGGUGGAAUUUAACUCUCAGCUGAAUCAGAAUGUAAUGGUUGAAGGUAAUUGGGGUCAGAGAGGUGCACCAUGGGAGUUCAACCUGCGGGACAUCUUCAGGUGGUGUGAUCUCCUGGUACAUGAUCAGGUUCCUGUGGCAUUAGACAUUGGCCAGUUUGUGAAUUUACUGUACGGGGACAGGAUGAGAACAGAUGCAGACAAAGCUAAGGUUCUACAACUCUAUCAAGCAACUUGUGCGGAGUUACCUGCUCCUUACUCUCCAGGUGGAGCUGUAAAGAUCUCUCCUUACCAUAUUCAAGUUAACCAAUCAUUUCUCCCGAGACAGUGGCAUCAGCAGCCUGCAUCCAAUCAAAGGAAGUCUCCUUUGUUUCUGUUACAUCACACUUUGGCUCCCCUUGAAUCAUUGAUGAAGUGUGUAGAGAUGAAGUGGAUGGCAAUUCUGGUGGGGCGUCAAUCCAGUGGCAAGACCAGCCUGGUGAUGCUUCUGUCCCAACUGACCGGCACAACCCUGCACAUUCUGGCGAUGAACAGUGGGAUGGACACCACCGAGUUACUGGGAGGAUUUGAACAGGCCGAUAUUGGUCGCCACAUUGAUGAUGUUGCCGAAAAGGUGGAGGCGAAUAUUCAAGAGAUAUCAACACACCUCUUGCUGAGAUCCUCAGAUCAAGUGCAGCUGUCAGCCAUAUGUAAUUUGUGGAGUCUCUGGGGAAAGUAUGUUACCAUGGCAACAACAGGUCUACAGUCUUCAAGCACAGCAGAACAAGAGCUAAUGAGAGGCCAGGUCAAACAGCUCAUCAUCCUGGUGGACACACUGGAACAACUACCAGCAGGCUCUGAAGUUGUCAGAAACAGACUUACAGAGAUCAAGAAAGAACUGGUUAGGCUGGGAAGAAACUUUGAAAUUCCUGGGAAGAAACGUGGGGGUACAUUUGAGUGGGUGGACAGCCUCUUAGUCAGAGCUCUCCAUUCUGGUGAUUGGCUGCUUAUUGAUAACGUAAAUUUCUGCAGUGCUUCUGUCCUGGAUCGACUGAAUGCCUUGUUGGAACCGAAUGGAGUGCUGUCUGUCAACGAAAGAGGUGUGGUUGAUGGACAAGUGCCAGUCAUCAAACCACACCCAAAUUUCAGGCUAUUCCUAGCCAUGGACCCCAAGUAUGGAGAAAUUUCUCGUGCUAUGCGAAACCGAGGAGUGGAAAUUUAUAUCCUGGGAGAGGGUGAAGGUGGUUGCUAUGACAACCUGGAUGUGAAAACUGUUCUUCAUGGAAUUGGUGUGGCAGGAAAAGCUGUCACUGAUUGGAUGAUUGAGUUGCAUGAAGAAGUAAAGGAAAGUUUGAUUGGUGGUGAAAGACCAACAGUUCAGCACCUAUUAAAUUUGGCUCUGGUGUUAAAGCAGAAAGUGGACAGGGGAGUUUCAUUGCUGAAAGCCUUGAAAACGUCGAGCUUGGACGUUUAUGUCCACGGUUUGAAAAUGACUGCAACAAAAAAAAAAGUGCUUCAGUUAGUUAACAGGAAGUUUGAAGCUCUUGCAACAGAUGACAGCAGUGUUUUUAACAAUGAAAUGUCCACAGAGAUUGGUUUGCAGCCAAAUCCACCAUUGACCAUAGAGGAUUUCAAUCAGGAUUGCACCUUGGCAAACACCAUCAAGAACUGUACAAUGAUAACUCAUGCCUGGGAUAAACUAAAUUCUAUAUAUUCAGCAAGAAAGGAAAGAGCGAUGUGUAACACAACAGUGGAGGAAAUACAGGAGACACUGAGUUUAAUGAAGUAUGGAACCAAGAUUUUCAUUGAACAGAUGUCUUUAAGCAGCUGGCAACUUUCUUUGUGUUGGAUUAAAAGUUUCUUUCAAAAAAGAAAAAAUGUUGACAAAGAUUUGCAGCAGUGCUUGUCUAAGAAUGACAUUUCAAACCCGGAGUCCAUCAUGUUAGCCACACAAAUGAUGGAAACCGUUCAGAAGGAAGUAGAAACGCUGCUCACAUGUUCUGCCGCCAAAGACUGGGAAAUCUUUCUGAUGAAAUUUAAUCCAGAAUGUCAGCAGAUAUUGGGAAAUGAGGCUCAUGAUCCCCGAUGGAACCCGCAAUGUUUGAUCAUGGUUAUGCGCCAGGUAUGCCGCGAUCAUGGGGUGGACUUUGCGUCAGAAUUACGCCUUACUCUUGAAAGUCUCCAGAACAGGUUAUACCUUGUCCAGUUAUUAACGCGAAAGAAAGCAGUGGAAGAUUUUUGGAUAUCAAACCUGAGCCCUAAAGACAGAUCACCUUUAGGACUAUCUGUCAUCUACCAUCAAGGUACAAGAGGCUGGACAUCCCUGGAGCACUCCGCCUUACCCCACCUGUAUCCCCUGCUGACUUUGAUGUACACUUACCUGCAUUCAGCCUUACCUACCAUUCCCAAUCUUGAUGAUGGAAAGCUGGACCAGAUUGAACAAGCUUUCUGUUGGUUUUUACGUCUCCUUGAUCUCUGUAAAACACCAGCUCUGUGUGGUAUCAAAAGUGUCUUGCCACAGCUUCAUUUGCAUUGGAAUUGGUUUUAUUCCAAGACGUUGCCAAUCCUACGGGACUCUUGUUCAGACCAGCCCUCAGCAAAGCUGCAAACAGUCCUAAAUUCCUUAGACAGCCUUCUUGGACAGGACAGUGGGAGAGGUAGGCUGUUUCUAGCUGUGUGGAGGAGGUAUGGCCACCCUGAGCCAUGUGGAUCCGAGAGGGAAGCUGAACUACGAAUUUCUCUGCAAAACAUCUGCAAUGCAUUGUUAAAAUCCUCCCCCAGGCCACAGGAAGUGAAGUGUUCCAGAGAAAACAAAAACCUGGCGACCAGGAUGUUGGUGGCAGUCUUCGGGAAAUUGUUGCAAAAAGGCAUUUUUGCAUACGACGCAAUAGAAAUGGAGAUUGAGAAGAUCCAAGCUCUUCUCUCAGGCCUUCUUGAAAGUCUGGAUCAACCAAUGGUCUCAGAGGAAAAAUUUGGCCUCACAGCACCACCUGGUGGUGAGAUCUGUCCAGCCGGUGAGAUGAAGGUGAGAUCUGAGCCUCUCUUUGACCUGAUGGUGUUGAUGACGCAGCAGUAUCUGUGCGUUAAAGCUCUGGAAGAUGGUCAGUCUAUGGAAGGAGCAGAAGAGUUCACAGACUUUUGUCUUCAGCAUGGCAAACCAAAUCCAGAGCUGCUGUCUUUACUGGAACAGGUUCAACUUGUUCAGAAUAAAGACAAGUGGCCUUUGAUUCUGUCUUGUCUGCUGAUCUCCCAUGAUGCACUCUGGAAGGGAUCUCUGGGUAAUGAACUAGAGCAGGCUGACCAACAGGAUUGCCUCACAGAAGUCACCAACAAGGGCCCAGGAAUUUUCCAGUUGUCUCCCCUGACAAAUUUCACCUUCAGCCUGCUGCGACCAGAUAAGUAUCAGGGGAAAACAUCAGACAACAUAUCCUUAGGACAUUUCCAAGAGUCCCAGCAAAUGCUGCAAGAUGUACAGCAGUUACUAUGGUCACAUAGUGCAGCCCUCUCCAGUCCAGUGUUUGAUUUCCUGAAUGUCGAAAGAAGAAAGAUUGUGCUGCUUUUCAAGAGAUUGUUGGAAAGCUUGUCAUCUUUGCUCUCUACUGAAAAAUCAUCUGCCUGGAGGCAACUUCUUCAAGAUUUCCAAAUGGCAAAAAGUGACAAACUUUAUAGGGUUGCUGAGGGAUUGACGGAAAUUAUUGAAACCUCCCUUUCCUCUGUCCUGGAGAGCACAAUCAAGAACAUCCUGCUUAAAAGUUUGGAUCACGUGUACCAGCUGUUUUGUUCAGCAGACAUCCUCCCUGUUACCCUGGGAGCAACCUGGUUAUAUGUAGGGCUGUCACAGUCACUGUUCCUCACUCCUGCUGGGCCUGUGGAUCCUGUAGUUAAACAAAAAAUUAAACUACAGUAUACUGAGCAAGAGCUGUUGGAAAUAGAGAGUGAACUGUCCGUGAGAGAUCUGAACCAAUGGGUAAUGACGGGAUCAAAGCUGGAUGAGUCCAGACAGGACCUUCUACAUCCCAGGGUUCUGGCUCUGUUCAGGCGACGGAAGUUGUUGCUGACGCGACAUGCAGAGUUAGAGAAGCAACAGGCAUACAGGCCGGAGCCUGCACAGUUUGACUUGUUGAUCCAAGAAGUGACAAACUACCAGAGUGCCAUGGGUGAUCCAGAGGCUAUCAUCAGUCUGCUGGAAAAAUUAGUCAGUGUUACCAAGAAUCAAUCUGUGCACUCAACGCGAGGACAGCUCAGGUGUUUUAACGAGGAACAAAUGUGGCAAUCCAGUUUACAGAAGUUCCUAGACUCCAUCCUACUGAAAUACUCCAGCUACAGAGACCUGCUCGAGCCUUUUCUACUUGGCAUACAUCAGAUGAAACAUGGAAUGCGGAUGGUCAGUCAGUCUGCUUCAAUUCACCACCAAAGGGAAUUGUGGUUUACAGAUCUACCUACAAACCUUCAGUUACCAAGGCUUAAUUGGAUUGAGGAUGUCCUGCAAACAUUAGGGAAAUUCCCGAGCAUUUCCCGGAGGACUCCACAGCUGAUCUCUCUGGUAGAGAACCUUAGUUCACAGUCCUUUCUCCAGACAGUAAAGUUCAUAGCUGAGGAGGGUCAUGCAGGGACAGACAGUAUGCUUGUUUCUCGUGGACUGGUGUCAAAGAUCUUGUUGAGUGCAAUACAGAUUCUCCGUCAGCAUACUGUAUUGUGUGUGACUCUCCCCUCAGAGGUGUUAUCAUUAUUAAAUCACCUGCUGGGUGUGUUUGUAACCCUGUGGGGAGAGCAGGAGGCAAGUCGUAGACAGAAGGAGGAAGAGGACAGUAGUCUCUACAGGUACAAGGGCACCUACGGGCAGGAGCUCACAGAAGACGAGCUAAAUGAGCAAGAUUUCAGGAAAGCUUUCCCUCACUAUGAACAGGAAUUUGUGGAUGUCCUGGAUAAACGCAGUCUUGAUGAUGGCCCAAAGUCCAUGGCAGAAGAUGCUGAGUUAUCAGAGGAAGAGUUUUCUGCUGUUGGAAUCUCUGAGCAGGAAAUGAUUCAAGUCUGGCACACGCACCAAACCAUCCUUACUUGUUUCACAGAAUCUGACUGGCUGAAAGAACCGCCAGUGACAGCACCUGAGGUGCAAGAUCACCAGCCAUUCCUGUCCUGUUAUCAAACAGCUGCAGUGAUUGGCCAUAAGGCAGCUAAGAUAAUGUAUCAUGGCAUGGAUAAAGAAUUAAUUGGCAGUCAUCUAGCUAUGAUCACAUCCAUACAGAAAACAGCCUCUCUUCAUGAAAAGGAGUUAAACAAGAAAUCAGGAGUUGUUGGCAUUCCAUAUGACAUUUACCAUGAUUCCAAUGUGGCUGAAGUGGUGAAGUGCCGCCCCCUGUUGGAGAGAUUUCAAAUAAGAGUGAAUGAACUCCAGAUGGACUGGCCAGAUCAUCCAACGUUAAAGCAGUUGAACAAAAUUGUACAGAGGAUUCUGGGAUUCUCAGUUACCUGCCCUGUAAUGAAGUUUCUCACAGGUCUGGAGCUGCUUGUACAGAAGGCUCAGGACUGGGAGAGUAAUGCAGCUAGCUUUGUCUCCAUAUCAGUUCAGCUCAGAGAGGUGACUGACAUGAUCAUUGAAUGGCGAAAACUGGAACUGAGUUGUUGGAACAAGUCCAUGGAGAUGGUGUUGGUGAAGACUCAGGAGAAGGCCCACAAAUGGUGGUUCUAUCUGUACCAGCUGGUGGAAUCCGUGUUGAGCGAUGAACGACAGGACGGUACUCAGUCUGUCAGUUCAGAAGACAAGAAAACAGAUAAGGAAGUUGUGUCGACAUUGACCCAGUUUCUGGAGAGCUCCCCUCUGGGAGAGUUCUCUGUUAGGUUGGACAUGGUGUUUGGGUUUCACUGUCAGCUGGUCCACGUAAAACCAUCAGAUAAACAAGAGUGGCUGUUGAACAUACUGUGGAAUCUUCAUCAGUUUUAUCAGCAGUUUCUACCUGUGGUCACAGACGAACUGACCAGACAGAGGACACCUAUAGAGAAAGAGCUGAAGGGUUUUGUAAAAAUUGCCCGAUGGAAUGACAUCAAUUAUUGGGCCUUGAGGCAGAACACAGAGAAAACUCAUCGUACGAUCCACAAACAUAUGAAAGCCUUCCAGGUUGUCCUAGCUCAGCCAGUCAAGAGCUUACUCGUGGAGUCCCAAUCAAAUUUGGACAUACUGCACAAUCCGGCCAAUGAGAAUUGGUCUGACAUUGUUGAAAAUUUCAAUGCUGAGAUUCAGCAGAAUUGGAAGAAGCACCGGCUUUCACAGAUUUCUUCAUAUGAUAAUCUCCCAGUACUGGAUGAAAUGCCCCUACAGAGCCGUGCUGCCAGCCUGUGUCGCCGCAUGAACACCCACUGUUCAAAGAUCACCACAUCAGCCGAAUACCAGCAGGAUGUGAACAGCUUGGAUGAAUACACAGUGAUGGUCAUUGAAGCCAUUGAAGAUUUGCAAGCUCUGGAAGUUAAUAAGGAGGUUGAUAAAGAAAAGCAGAAAUCUGAGGCCAAGAGCAUCAACUUGAGGAAGAGAAAAGCUUUGUCAGAUCUGUUCAAAAGUCUUGCAGAACUGGGUUUGUCAUACAGAAAGGGGCUAACUCUAAACACGGAAGAGCUCCAAACAGCCUGUUUACGUGUGCCACCAGUAGAUGUUGCAGUGCUCACUGGGAAGCUAAGCAGUGGUAGCAGGAGACUUGCCAGGCUGUGGGAGGGAUGUUCUCAUUACUACUACAGAUGUGUUUCCAGAAGAGCUCAGUUACUGGCAGCUUUGGAAGCACCCUCACAGGAGCUGGGAGUCAGAAAUAUUGACAGAUGUCGAGGAUUUACUGAGCAAAUGAUGGCUAUCCUGAUUGAAAAACAGGGAGAGACAGCAAUUCUAGCAGGGGCAUAUAGCACCUUGAUGAAACUAACCUAUGUGUUAAGCCAUUUGAAUGGUCCGCUGUCGGCCAAUGAAGGCCUUCCACCGCAGGAUGCAUGUCAAGCAUGGCUUGAUAAUGCAAAGAAACUGUUGUUGACAGUGAUAGAAGGUUUAAAACAGUUUGGGGCCAUCCUUCAGUGUUGCCCAGAAUCAGUUUCUGUCACUAAAACCUGUACGUCCCCCCUGCUGCUGAGUUUGCUCCCCUUGACAGCAAGGAUGAAGCUGGGUGAUGAGAAGUGGACUGAAAUGGUAGAUUGUAUUGAGUUGUAG